CCUGCCUGUUGCACGCCUCUUGUCGCGUCUCGCCCACGCCCUUUUUGGAGACCCUCAGCCGGUAUUGACAUUGGUCUCUCUCUCUCUCUCUCUCUCUCCCCUCUGUUUUUCUUCCAAUUGUUAUUUUUUUCCUCCCCAUCUUUUUGCCGCCCGCUUCCUUCACAUGCUCGAGUAGCAGCAGCUGGCCUGGACCUGGACGAUUCCAUUCGACACUACUCCGUACUCCGUGCUCCUACAGCUCAAGGGCCUCGACUUCUGUCCCCGCGCCUCGCCUCCUCCACACCACACCCGCCAUCUGAUCAUAUCCAGACGUCCGCUAGCUCUGAUUCUGAUUGAUCGACCUCGGACCUGACCGCCCAGCUACACGUGCUCUCCUCGAUAAGAUUGCCAGCGCAUUGGGAGCAGAGCCAGACCUGCUUCCCGUCAACUCGAUUGCUGCGUGCAUUUCUGGAUCGACGGCCGGGUAAUUCAUUUGCACGCGACUGCUUGGACCCUUUUGCACCCGAUUUUCUUGGUGCAUCUCUUCAGCAAAUCCCCGUCGUCAUUGCCGUUCUAGCCAAUCCUCAGCUCCAACCGCCAGCUUAGCUCCCAACGGCGCGCUUGCUUGCGCUGCCUUGCCUUGCCCAACCGCCUGAACAACACCAGGAAAAAAAAAAGCUUCAACCAAGCUCCGAGUCGAAUCUCUAUCCUCUUUUCCUCUUCAUCUCCCAAAUGUCCGGAUAUCCAGCCUACAAUGGCGGCGGCUAUGCCGCACCGCCGCAGCAGCAAUACCAGCAGCAGGGUGGCUACUAUCCGCCUCAGCAGCCCGCUUACAACAGCGGCUAUCCUCCCCAAGGGCAUCAACCUUCUCCCCAGCCCGGCUACGGUUACCAUGCUCCUCCGCAACAGCAGUACGCAUAUCAGCAACCUCAUCCUCAACAGCAUGCCCCUCCACAGCAGCAAUACAACAACUACGCCCAGCCACCUCCUCAGCCCAACUACAACGGACGCCCUGGCAUGCCUCCCCCCGGUCCUGCUCCCUCGAAUGGCUAUAAUCAAGGACGCCCCAGCGGCAAUCCUCCGGCCCCUCCGAAUGGGCCGCAGAGCUUUGGCCACGGCGCACCAACAGGCUAUGCGUUCCGAUACUCCAACUGCACUGGCCGUAGAAAAGCGCUGUUGAUUGGCAUCAACUACUUCGGCCAGCGCGGUCAGCUGCGAGGCUGCAUCAACGAUGUCAGGAACAUGACGGCCUACCUGGUGGAGCAGUUUGGUUACAAGAGAGAAGACAUGGUCAUCCUGACCGAUGAUCAGCAAAACCCCAUGAGCCAGCCCACAAAACAAAACAUUCUCCGUGCAAUGCACUGGUUGGUCAAGGAUGCCAGGCCCAACGACUCGCUCUUCUUUCACUAUUCCGGCCACGGUGGGCAAACAAAGGACCUUGACGGCGAUGAGCCUGAUGGAUACGACGAGGUCAUUUACCCAGUUGAUUUCAGGCAACAUGGGCAUAUCACAGAUGAUGAAAUGCACCGAAUCAUGGUCAGCCCCCUGCAGGCAGGUGUACGACUGACGGCCAUUUUCGAUUCGUGCCAUUCCGGCACAGCACUCGACUUGCCCUACAUCUAUUCUACGCAGGGUAUCCUCAAGGAGCCCAACUUGGCCAAGGAGGCUGGCCAGGGCCUGCUCGGCGUCAUCUCCUCGUACAGCCAGGGAGAUCUCGGUGGUGUUGCAAACAACAUCAUCGGAUUCUUCAAGAAGGCCACCACUGGCGAGGAGGCCCACAACAGAGCCCUCGCAACCAAGACUUCUCCUGCCGACGUCGUCAUGUGGUCUGGAAGCAAAGACGACCAAACCUCUGCCGAUGCCACCAUUGCUUCACAAGCCACUGGUGCCAUGUCCUGGGCGUUUGUCACGGCUCUCAGGAAGAACCCCCAGCAGAGCUACGUUCAGCUGCUCAACAGCAUCCGAGACGAGCUCGCUACAAAAUACACACAAAAGCCGCAGCUCUCCUGCAGCCAUCCUCUUAAUACCAAUCUCUUAUUUGUCAUGUGAAGGAGUUUCUCUCUCUCUGUCUUCUCUUAACAAAAAUUAAAAUGGCUGAGCGGUUCUGUUCUCGCGGCUACCAUCACAUUUGUAUAUGAUAUAUACGUAGUCAAAGAUGCUACGACCCUCUGAAUAAACCAUGAUGGGGUGGUUCAUCGGAUUCGGAAUUUGGAAAAUCCAGCUGGUCUCUUUUUUUCCCCAGGGGUGCUUUGUUUUCUUAUUCUUCUUCGAUUUGUUCAUGUUUAGUGCUCCUUAUUACGGCCGGUCUUUUUAAUGGGAAUUCUUUUGGAAAGCAUUCUGUUUCGGGUUUAUAUAUUCCAGCACACCAACCUAGCAAUCUAGCAUCCCGAAUUUAUACAAAGUCAUU